AUGGAUCCCUCCAGAGUGCAGAGAUCAGAGUGGGAGGACUACCGCCUCACCUGGAAACCGGAGGACUUUGACAACAUGAAGAAGGUCCGCCUGCCCUCCAAGCACAUCUGGCUGCCAGAUGUGGUGCUCUACAACAACGCUGACGGGAUGUACGAGGUCUCCUUCUACUCCAACGCGGUGAUCUCCUACGACGGCAGCAUUUUCUGGCUGCCGCCGGCCAUCUACAAGAGCGCGUGCAAGAUCGAGGUGAAACACUUCCCCUUCGACCAGCAGAACUGCACCAUGAAGUUCCGCUCCUGGACCUACGACCGCACUGAGAUCGACCUGGUGCUGAAGAGCGAGGUGGCCAGCCUGGACGACUUCACGCCCAGCGGCGAAUGGGACAUCGUGGCACUGCCAGGACGGCGCAACGAGAACCCCGACGACUCCACCUACGUGGACAUCACCUACGACUUCAUCAUCCGACGCAAGCCGCUCUUCUACACCAUCAACCUCAUCAUCCCCUGCAUUCUCAUCACCUCCCUGGCCAUCCUCGUCUUCUACCUCCCGUCCGACUGUGGCGAGAAGAUGACGCUGUGCAUCUCCGUCCUGCUCGCCCUGACCGUCUUCCUGCUGCUAAUCUCCAAGAUCGUGCCGCCCACCUCGCUGGACGUGCCGCUGGUGGGCAAGUACCUCAUGUUCACCAUGGUGCUGGUGACCUUCUCCAUCGUCAUCAGCGUCUGCGUCCUCAACGUGCACCACCGCUCGCCCACCACGCACACCAUGCCGCCCUGGGUCCGCACCCUCUUUCUCCGCAAGCUCCCGGCGCUGCUUUUCAUGAAGCAGCCGCGGCAGAACUGCGCGCGCCAGCGCCUGCGCCAACGCCGCCACACCCAGGAGCGCGCCGCCGCUGCCCCCGUGAGCGAGGACUGGAAGUACGUGGCCAUGGUCACCGACCGCCUCUUCUUGUGGAUCUCCGUCUUCGUCUGUGUCUUCGGCACCGUCGGCAGGAGGGAGCAGGAUGCGGCCAGGGCUGAGGAGGGGGGGGCUCCGGCUCCCCGUCACCAAGGUAAGAGGCCAGGGAGGAAUUGGCUCUGGAAAAAGAAAAUCCCAAUUACCGAGGGAGGGAGCGCGGCAGCGAGAAACCGGCUCCCCGGCGAUGCGCUUGGCUCCUUCCCACACUACCGGGAGCACCGGCCGCUCACCGCAUCUCCUCCUGCCGAUGCAACAACGCGGGGCCAUGCGGGGCCGGUGUCCCAGCCCUGCGGGCAGCCCCCGGCUCUGCCGGAGCCCUGCGCCAUCCCUGGAGCUGCCAGGAGCCGGGCAGAGCCGCACCGACGCACGGAGAGGAGGAUGGCCGUGCUCUGCUCCUGCUCCUCGAGUGCCAUCGUUCCCCGCUAA